AGGUUAGAGUUUAGAGUUUAGAGUUUAGAGUGAAGGAAGCAAGCAUUGAUUAACAAGAGUGAUUGAAAGGCUUCUCAUUUCUCAUCUUUCAUGACGCUGUGAUGUCAGAGAACUACAGACUGGAGUCCUUCACCGUGGAAGGUAGCGACGGAGUGAAGCUCCGUACGAGGGUGUUCAAGCCAGGAGCAGGAGUUGAGGCCAAAGAUGGGAACUUGGGGAUCGUUCUUGUGCACCCAUAUUCCAUUUUGGGUGGCUCCCAAGGUCUCCUCAAAGGACUCGCUUCGUUAUUGGCUCAGAACGGUUACACCGCCGUCACCUUCGACAUGAGAGGCGUUGGCAGGUCCACCGGCAGAGCUUCUCUCACCGGCUUCGCUGAAGUUAAGGAUGUCGUUGCUGUCUCCAACUGGCUCUCCCACUCUCUCUCCCUUCCUAGGAUUCUCUUGGUUGGUUCUUCCGCAGGUGCCCCUAUAGCAGGGUCUGCUGUUGAUCAGAUUGAACAAGUCAUUGGCUAUGUAAGCAUUGGUUAUCCAUUCGGAAUGACUGCUUCGAUCCUUUUUGGACGGCACCACAAAGCCAUCCUACAGUCCCCGAAACCAAAACUCUUCAUCAUGGGAACACAAGAUGGAUUCACCAGUGUAAAGCAGCUACGAAACAAGCUUAAUUCUGCCGCAGGACGUGUUGAAACACAUCUAAUCGAUGGGGUGGGCCAUUUCCAAAUGGAAGGGCCUGGUUAUGAUGUUCAGAUGGUGGAUCUCAUCAUUAAGUUUAUUGCAUCACUGUAAAGACAAAUAAUUUAUCACUGAGUGUGAAUUGAUUCUACUAUUGGGGUUAGUUUGUGUACAUAAUCUGACUUGUUGAAUCUGUGGAUUGCACUGUUGAUUUGUGUCCCCUAUGCCACCCGUUAAAUGAAUUAAAUCAGUUACCGACA